ACCUCCCCUCAGCUCCGCCCCCUUCCUCUCUGCCUGCCUCCCUUAUUAGUUCUCGCCUCACCACACGGCUAGCAGGCAGACGCUGCUUGCUCUCCACCGCCCCCUUUCCUAGCGCUAGUAGAGCUCCGGUUAUCACACACCAGCGCCCGCCCACCUUCCGGCCGCCGGCCGGCCGCCACCGAGCAAGCAUGGAUUUGGUCUCGCAGUCCGAGCACCUGUGCUACGUGCGCUGCACCUACUGCAACACCGUGCUCGCGCUGCAGGUUGGGGUUCCAUGCAAGAGGCUGAUGGACACGGUGACUGUCAAGUGCGGCCACUGCAACAACCUCUCCUACCUCAGCCCACGGCCGCCGAUGGUGCAGCCGCUCUCCCCAACUGAUCACCCCUUGGGGCCGUUUCAGUGUCAGGGACCCUGCAACGACUGCAGGAGGAACCAACCAAUGCCGCUGCCCUCGCCGACAUCAACUGAGGCCAGCCCGAGAAUGCCCUUCGUUGUCAAGCCCCCGGAGAAGAAACACCGCCUUCCAUCUGCCUACAAUCGCUUCAUGAGGGAGGAGAUUCAGCGCAUCAAAGCUGCGAAGCCAGAUAUCCCUCACAGGGAGGCCUUCAGCAUGGCUGCCAAGAACUGGGCGAAGUGUGACCCGCGCUGCUCGACGACUGUCUCUACUGCCACUUCCAACAGCGCUCCUGAGCCUAGAGCUGUGCCCGCUCCUCAGGAGAGGGCCAAGGAGCAAGUCAUUGAGAGCUUCGACAUCUUCAAGCAGAUUGAGCGCAGCAUCUAGACCGAUCAUGUCGACCGAUGGUGCAGUAGCCCAGGAUCGAGCUAGCAGUGUCAUCAAUCAGAAGAUAACCUAUCCCAUAUCGCCGUUAUAUGUGCAUGCAUCCCCAUCCUGUACUUUUUACCCCGUACGUGUUUAUUACUGUUCCUGUAUGUUCUUGUUGUUUGUUGGAGUGUACGCACCUCUUUAAUCAUGAACAGCUGCUACCCUAUAUAAUAUUUGCCGUCCUGCUGUCA